AUGUCCAUCAACGCCGCUACUCAAGAGAUGCAGUCGGGCUGUGAUCCGACCACGGACAACGUCGACGGAGAGGAGAAGAUUUAUCAAUAUCAGCCAAUAGAGGAUGGUAUGAUCCGAGUCAUUCUUCUUCAACCGACCGAAACGAGACUCGAGUGUUCUAUUAGAAAAGUCAAGUUGUCCGAGGCCCGAUACCAAGCACUGUCGUACGAAUGGGGCGGUGUCGAUACACCUUUUCGUAUACAAGUCCUCAAUGACGAGGAUGAGCCAUUGGGCGCAAUACCGUUAACAACAAAUCUGGACAGCGCAUUGCAGAAUCUCAGAACCGCGCCAACGAUAAAGUCAAAGAUUUUCUGGAUAGAUCAAAUUUCAAUCAAUCAAAAUGAUGAUGAGGAGAAAAGUCAUCAAGUCGCCCUCAUGGGAGAUAUAUACGAGAAUGCUCAGCAAGUCAUCACUUACUUGGGCCCGCAUUCAAGCGAUCUUGACCUGGAAUUUCGUGCCCUGGGUUUACUUGAUCGGCUGACCCGUCACUUUGCGCUGAAUCUACCGCAUAUUGCGUCUGCGAAAGGAAUCUCACGUUGUCUUUAUGACGAGACUCUACUUCCUGUACGCGAGGUCCCGCCUGACGUUUCCGACAGCGAUGUAGAAUGGCGUGCACUUGUACGUAUCAUAUACGGUGCGUGGCUGCGUCGGUUGUGGAUGGUACAAGAGAACUUCUUAUGUCCGCGUAACAUCAUGUUGCGUGGUAAAAUUGAACUCGAUUGGACUUCCGUGGUAUCGGUUGUUUUGCUCUUCGAAUUACAAGUACUUCCGACGAAAGUCGUUUAUGACGAGUGGCCAUUUUUGAGAAUAUCCAGGAGCACUAAUGACGUUCUAAAUCAAAUCCUUCCUACGUGGGAAAGGAGAUGCGCGUUUGUCGAUGACAGAAAUAUUCAACUCAACAGCCUGGUUAUGAAUCUACACCUAUGCGCAUCUCUAGAUUGCAAAGAUCCUCGAGACAAGAUAUAUGCCGUAUUGGGUAUCUCCUCCGACAUCAAGGACCUAGAGAUCGUGCCAGAUUACAAUCUAUCCUUCCAAGAUCUAUACGUCUACGUUUCAUGUCGGAUUUACCUCACAAGUCAGGAGCUCCUUUUACUUCGUUUCAUCGGCGGACAAUCGGUGGACCAUAAUUCGGACCUUCCGUCGUGGUCAUAUCAUGGGCUCCCAAAGACUGAAAUGGACGUUAGAAAGUAUCACCCGCACCCAUCCACCAAGUGUAACGUCCGUUUUGAGGAGGUGAAUAAAGUCAUGGUCGUUCGAGGACGCGUGCUAAGCAGGAUACGUUUCGUUUCCAGUCCAGUCGAUUCAUUCGCGCCGAGUACAACUGCGACGCAGCGCCGUCUGUACUACAUACAAGUGAUCGAAGCCAUUAUAUCCAUGCUCGAUGAAGUAAACAACGAAGAAACUCUGUCACAGCUGGUUUCUGCAUUACUUCCCGCUCCGAGAUGGGGACCGCUUGACAAUCAUUUCGAUGACGUAUUUUGUCUCUGGUGUGUUUGCCGAUAUUUCGCGGCAGUGAGCAUAAAACGUCCAUCUCCUAUCGGAACCUCAUCUAUAGAAAAAGUCCCAGAACAUCUACGAAAGAUUGGCCGGCUGUACAAAGGUCCUGUGGCAAUCGACUUAGAAGAUAUCUGGAGUGAGUUGAACGAACACGAACAACAUCUUGUUGACGAAGUUAUACAUCAUAUAUGUAUGGAAGGUCGUGCGUUUGCUUUGUCUCAAGAUAAUCAAGUGUUCAAUACUACAUGUCAAGCUCGGGAGGGCGAUGUCGUCGCGCUUUUAGCGGGUGGAAACCUCUCGUAUAUCCUUAGACUUGUCGAGGAAAGGUACGUGUAUAUUGGUGAUGCUUACGCUCGUCAUCUCAAGGAUGGCGCGGCUUAUGAGGGAAUGUCACCUGAGGAGGUGGAUGAAGAGAUACGACUGAUCUGA